AUUUACAGCUGAUUGUCAUUGCAUGGUGCAAUGAUCAACAAUUUCUUAUAAAUUACAUAGAUAUAAUUUGGUUGAUCAAAACACCUACAGAGAGUAUCAGAUGCUUAAUGAAUAAUCUGAAUAAAUGUAGGCCCACAUGUUAUAACAUUUAGGAUUUAUAUGAAACGUCGACAACAUACCAAACAGUUUUUUAAAUUUUGUUUUAGUUGACUUAGACUUAAGUACUGUCUCUGAAGUCGGAGCUAGCCACUACCCACUAUCACUAGUGACUACUUUUGAGUAUCAUUUAACUGUAAAGACUAUAGACCUUAAAAAUGUUGUUUUUGCCGGUAAAGGCUUUCAGCUGAUACGUUUCUGCUUUUUUUAAAAAUUAUUUUUCACGUUUUCUGCUACCCUCUAACAAUUACAAUUACAACUUACAGUUACAGUGUUUUAUAAUAUAAAACAUAAUUUUAAGUAUAAUAUUAUAUUAUAUGAAAUAUGAUAUGAUAUACAUGGAGAUGUCACAUAUUGUAUGUAUCAAUUAUUAUAAUUAUAAUAUACCUUUGCUUUAACUUUCAGAUCCUGAAAAAAGGAUGACCCAUAGACUUCAGCAUGACUAUUCUAGUCAUAUGAUAUUUGAGCCAUCAGGAAAACUGAAAAUUUCAGAAAUAAUCAUCCAUACAAAUGAUUUGAGAGCUAGCUUGUCAGAGUUGCCAUCAGAUGUCAAAGAGUCAAGUGUUGUUGAAGACACUUGUAAUGUGGACUAUUUCUUGCAUUUGAUUAUAUUAAAUGACAUUAAAAAUAGUUCUUGAACACUAGCCACAGUCCUAAAUUACUGGAGGCAAUAUACAUAUGAGGAUAAUAUUAUAGAGACUUAAAUGUCUUAAAUCAAGCUGUGUGAAAGGAAAUAUAAAAAAAUUAAAAACAGCAUUUGGAAAGCUUGAAAUGUGCAAGGGGUAGUUAAACAUAGUAAUUUUUCAUAUUCAAGAAUUUAAAAGCUAAGGCUAGAUAACUCUUGAAUAAAAUAUUUUAAAUUAUUAUUUGCUUGAAUCAUUAUUUUCAUUUGUUGUAACUUCCAGGCUCUAAAUCUGAAGAUCCAUCUAAAGUUACAGUUUCUGAAUCCUUGUUUUGUAACUGUUGUCAGAUUCAGUUUGCUGAUAGAGAGGAACAGGUGAGAGCAGGUUUUUGACAUCUUGUAGCAAAAUAAUAAUUUGAAGGAUAUUAUUAAUAUAGUAAAUGUAAAUUGUGUUGUAUUUUUUUUAGCAGGAAAAAUUUUACUUUAAACAUUCACUUUAAACUUGAAAAUAUUAUUCUAAAAUUAAAAACACUGGCAACUAUGCUAUCUGGUUUUAGAAAAAUAUAAAAAGCACCUUUUUAGAAUAUUUUAAUUAUAUUAUAAAUAUUUAUUUUUCUAUUCCCCUCACUUGAUAAUUUGCCCUCAGUUAUGAAAUGAUAACAUUUUAAAACUAUUUUUUUAAAAUUCCGAAUUAUUAAUUUAAGAUUUAUUUUUAUGCUAUUUUAUUUUUAUGUCUAAUAGUAGAAGUGUCAAAAUCAAGGAAACUACUCAAAAAAAUUCUGAGGGGAACAAAUAGCUAUGUCGCUUUUGUUAAGCUAGUACAAAUCUGAACAUAAAAGAAUGAGUGCAAUAUUUUUCUAGCUAUUACGUUUCUUGUUAGAUUGGACACUAUAAAUGUGACUGGCACAGAUACAACCUUCACUGCCGUUUGAGAAAUGUUCCCCCAGUAUCGGAUGAAGAAUUUGAGAAGAUAGCAGGUACCUUUUAUUGGAGCCAUGCCAUUAGUUAAAACAAACACUCUUUAUCUGCUGUAAUUCACAAAAUUAUAUUACAUUAAUCUAUUUUCUUGCCAUAUAGUUGAUCCAUAUAUCUGGUUAUCCUUUCAAGGAGACGUCUCUAGCAUAUCUGGAUCAGAUGAUGAGGAUGAAGAUAACAUGAGGGAUCAUUAUUUACCUAAAGAAGAGUUUCCUCACACUAAAGAAAAAGACAGCGAAGCUCUAAGCCAGCGAGCAUUUCAUAAAGUCUUUUUCAAAAAUAAAGAUGGUGAACUUUUAUCUGUUCAUCGCUGUCUUUUGCACCAUAAAAAGGUUGGUUCACGUUUUUUUAAAUAUUUUGAAUAGUUUAGGCAAUUUAAUUUUUUUGCACUCAAGCCCGAUAGUCUUUUGCCAAAUUCAUUUUAUUUCAUUUAAUAAAAAAUAUUUGAAGCUGAUUGUUUUAGUUUAAGAGAAUAUCUUUGAAAAAUUAUGUCACACUUGAUCAAAGAACAAAUCAUUAUAAUUUUUAAAAGUUUUCAUUUCUUUAAAAAUACUUUUUAUCUACUUGGUACUUUGUAUGAUCAUGUACACUUAUUGUUGAUUUCAUUUUGUUUAUUCUUUUUGCUUAGAGCCCUAUUAAUGAAAGAGAAGAAAUGGUCUCAGCAAUAAGUCAACUUCCUGAAAAAUCAAAGUGGAUAAUCCUGAUGGUGUCUUCUGGUCAUUUUGCUGGAGCUGUAUUUCACGGGUAUUAAAAUAGACCUGACCAUUAAUUUUUAAGAUUGUGAAACUGCACAGUUCAUGAAAAUCAGAUUUUAUUAACUGCCUAUCUUGCAGAGAUAUAUCUUUUCACAUAUUUAGACUUUUAUUUAAACAUGCAGAGAAUGAAGAAUGAACAAAAAUUGAUUUAAAAUAUAUAAUUUUCUUAAUGUUCAGGUAUUAUUUCAGACGUCCGCUCAACAAAAUUCAAAACCUGUUUUGAAAGGUCUAAAACUUGGCAUGCAAUACAUUUGAAAAUGGAAUGCACAGAUCAUGUAUUAGAUGUAGUGUAAAAAAAUAUCAAAAGUAAGCCUGAAAACUAUACCUUUAAGCAGAAACAGGUUUUGGACUUCGUUCAUUUAAUAUCAUCACAGUGCGUAAUGAAUACCCUUAUGCAUGGAGAAUUUCUGACUAUUAUGCUUCAUUUUCCUUUCUACAUGUGUCUGCCAAAAAGUGUUCGCUGCAAAGAAUGCUUUCAAAACAAAUCAAAGCUUUUGUUUCACAGCAGAUUAUUUUUUUCUGAUUUUUGAGACUUGCAUUAACAUCACCAAAAAUAUGCUACCUACAUGAAGAGCAUUAUCUAAAUAUAUCCUUUCAUUUUAAGUCAUAAUUAUUUACAUUUAGUACACAUGUAAUUCUAUAUCUUCUUUGGUUUGAAUGUUGAUAUUAUUCUACUACUUACUCAAGAUAAUUUCAUGCAAAGAGUUUCUGUUGACUAUCAUUUACUUCAUAAAUAUCCAAAUAACAUUUUUUUUUUAAAAUACUGAUGAUAUACUCCUAUAAGGCAUAACAAUAGUGUUGUUAUGCAAUAUAUUAUUGUUCCAGAAAAGAAGUUGUAGAACACAAAACAUUUCAUCGCUAUACUGUGAGAGCAAAACGUGGUACUGCCCAAUCUAGCAAGGACAGUCAAGGCGGUGCCCCUAAAAGUGCUGGGGCCACUCUGAGAAGGUACAAUGAGGCAGCGUUGACUCAAGUGAGUGUUCAUCCACAAUGUUUUUCUGAUUUUAAUUAUACUCACAUGGUCUCCUGAGGUGGCUGGUAAUGUUUGAUAGUUUUGCUAUUUGAUGUUAUUAAUUAGAAUGAAACACCUUUAUUAGUCAGUGGCGGUAACUGGCGUUGCCUGCAAACCCUUCUAUUUUGAGAUGCAUUUAAUGAAUCCACCAAUUUUAUUGUUUUCAAUAUCAUUUUUUAAUCUGGUUUUAGAUACUUAUUACAUUUCAUUAAUUCUAAAAAAAUCACCUGUACACUAAGGAUUGUAUUUUAAUACAAUCACUGUGCUAUUGUUAAGGCUGAUUAUAUAUUUCAAAUUUAGUUAAGAAGAUUUUUUUUUAAACUCGUAAAUUAUAUGUCACAGAGAAUUUAAGAUACCAUAAUAAAAAAUAUACUUUAAAUUGAUUAACAUAUAAUUAGGAUAUCCAGAAUUGUAAUGAAAAAUUUAUUAUUUGUAUUUUUUAAAUCAAUUCAGGAGGUGCAAGAUCUCUUAUCUAGCUGGGGAGGUCACAUAAAGUCUUGUGACUUUGUGUUUUUGCGAGUUCCUGUAGCCAGCAAAGUCAUGCUCUUUGGUGGUAAGAAUCCAUCCUUUAAAAAAGAUGAUCUUCGGUUAAGGGUGAUCCCAUUAAUAACAAGAAGACCGACAUUCAGCGAGGUCCAGAGAGUGCAUCAGAUCCUUGCAUCUGUGGAAUGUUAUGGUAAAUAAACAUAUAUGCAGUCUUGCCAUAAAGCUGUUAGAAAAACAGUGACUAAAAAGUAAUUUGAUAAUAAAUUAAGAUUUUUAAAAAAUCACUAAUUAGGUAAGCUAGACUUGAGCAUCAGAUUUAAUCGAAGUGGGACUUGGAUUUUGUCUAGCAAGUCUCGGCAAAAGUUAAAAUUAGUAAAUGCUCAUCAUUUUAAAGCUGACCAUAGUGUUUAGUCUGGAAUUCAUUUUUAAAGUACUUCGGUCUUGGACUUAAUACAUAUUUUUCUGGAACAGCCACCCCAGUAUCUGAUGGUCAUUUGAUCUGUCAAGUUUGUUCCAAAGCAACUUUUUAUUUCAAUAUAUUUAGAUUAUUUUUUUUUGUGGCAUGAAGUUUAAAUAAAUUUGAUUUCUCAGGAAAAGAUGCAGAUGUGGAAAGCUUUAUACCAAAGACUUCACCUUCUAGAGUUGCAAAGGAUGCUAAUCAAUUUGGCAAAGGGACUCAGUUACGGAGCAAGAAAAAACAACAAACUGAAAAUAGUAAAUUGACAAGUAUAAUGAUUUAACAAAUUCUGAAACUUUCAAAAUAAAUAUGUUCCACAAUGAUAAUCCUUGAAGCAAUUUUCAAGUGGAGAUUAAUACUUUUUGGGAUUAUAUAAUAUUAUUUUAAUCUUGUAGAGCACAAUUCAUCUGAUGACCUUGAGAGAUUUCCAGAAGAGAUGGUUGAUACUGAGUGCGAUUUGGUUGAGACACAAGAAGAAAUUGAUUUUUCUGAACUUAAACAGUUUGACAGCUCUGUUAGACACAAAACCUAUAAAAAAUCAAAAGCUGAUCUGGGAAAAAGUCAGAAAUCAACUAAGGAAAAUAAAUUAGGUAUGGCAUAAUGACUUACUCUAAAAUGUAAUGAAAUGACUGUUAACAAAGAUGCUGAUGAGGCAAAGAUAAAACAUAUAUUGGAAGGUGGAGAUGUACUGCCCAAAUUAAUGCCCAAUUUGACCUUUUUUAGAAGUUCUUUUAUUUCUAAAAAAAACAUUCUUAUUUUAUGUGCAUUUUGUCGUAAGUUUGUAUUUUAAGCUGGCUGAUUUGGCAUUCUUUCAGAGGAUGAAACAACCCGACUGAGAAAUCACUUAUUUACAAUGUGUAAAACAGGUGAUGUCCAAGUCUUAAAGACUGUUCUAAAAGAUAUUCAGGAUUCACAUUCAUGUGCUGCUGACAUGUGUAAACUUAGUUUACACAAUAAGGACAUACACAUUAUAAGCUCAGCUCAACAGGCAGAUCUCCAUAUAGCCACAGAAAGCUGCCAAUGUCAGGAUCAAGGACAAACAAUGAAUAAACUUGACUCUGCUGUUACAAACAAUCUAACACGCUCUGAAAACGAGACCAAUACAGCUGCAAUAUCUGUCAUUUGCACAGACUCAUCCAGACAAGGGGACUGUCCUAAUGAGGACAGUGCUCCUACCGGCUCCUAUUUUAAUGGUAAACAUGAAAUCCAUAACUUGCCAGAUUUCCUAAAUAGACCAGUCAAUGAUAAUGAGAUUACCUACUUGCACCUGGCUGCUAAAGAGGGCCACCAUGAAGUUGUUACAGCAUUACUUGAAGCUGGCGCCGAUCCAUCAUUACGGUAAGUUGUCAAUCUAUUUAUUAAAUAACUGGACUUGAUAAUUUUAUGUGUGUUUUUUAAAUGAUAAGCCUUAUCCUUUUUUUUAAAAACAAAAAUAAUCUUCUUCUCUCUACAGAGAUAAAACUGGUAAAACACCAUACUACCUGGGAGGAAUGGAUGUGAGAAAUGCAUUUCGACGCUUCAUGGCAAAUUUUCCUGACCGUUAUGAUUAUGUUAAAGCCCAGGUAAACUUUAUAAGAAAAAAGGAAAAAAAAAGAUUUUGCUUUUCUCAUAAAGAUUCAUUAGGCAUCAAAUUUUUGUAUUUUGUUUUCACUUGUCAUUUCUUUAAGUGAUUUGGUCAAAGUUAAUUUGUAUUAUUUAGAUCCCUAGUCCUCUUACUGCUGAGAUGGAAGCAGAGAAAAAACUAAAAGCUGCAGAGAAGAAGAAAGCCAAAAAGAAAGCAUUGAAUGAGCGUAACAAGGUAAAACUCAUUACUGGGUAUUGUUUUGCAGAAGAUGUUUUUUUCUUGUUAUAUUUAGUUAAUUUUUGGGGGGUUUUUUUGGAAUACACAAAAAAAGCUUGAAUUCGAUUCUCUAAAUAUUUUAAUUUGUUGACAAGUAAUUAAAUUGAAUGUGACAGGCGGAACACAGGUGUCAUCUAGAGUAAAAAAACAUGUAAUCAAUAUCUUCUACUGCCACAUACACUCUAUUUCGGGUCAACCAUUUCUCCAUACCUAAGACUAAUUUAAAUAAGUUACUUAUGAUCAUGGAAAAACAUAAGGUAAGAUUCUUUUAUUGAUCCAAAUAAAUGGAAAUGUUUUUUGAUUGCAUUAUACAUUUUCAGCACAAAAAUAAAACAAUUUGAACACGAGACAUUUAUAAUUAUUUCAAACAGCCAUUCAGUGAGUUAUCUUAGCAAAAUCAAGGACUUAUUAGGUCUCAUUCAGAUGUGUGACUUCAGAGGAAGCACGCCGGUAAAUUCGUACAGAUUGGGGAACAAAAGAAUUUUUAUAUCCGUCAGUCCUCGCCCUGAUGGAAAGAAUUUGUCCCAAACGGCCCGAUCCUAAGUAUCUAGGAUGAAGAGGGUGGGAUGUAUCAUCCAAAAUUGUUUAGUUUUGCAAAAACAUCUUUCUUCAAAUAGUUCUUCAAAUGAAGGAUGUUUAGUUUGUGUUAUGUUUCUAGCUUUCUUGAUUAGUCGGUUUAUGCGGUGUUUAAUAACAGACGUUGAAUUCCCACACCAGCAGGUAAUACUGAAAUUAAGCAGGCUUCCAAUAGUUGCACUGUAAAAUAAGUUAACGACUUGCUUGUUUACGCCAAAAUUGUACAGUUUUUUGAGGUAGAACAGUCUUCGUUGAAUUUCUUAUACAGGAUUUGGCCAUGUUAGCUUAUUAUUAAUGGUGACACCUAAGUACUUGUAUGCCAAACCACAUUAGAAGACAUGGUAAUUGUAAGUUUGCAAUUAUAAUAAUUUUUUUUUUAAUGUAGGAGAAAAAAGCAGCAGAAGCAGUCAUUAAAGAAGAAAACAGAGAGAAAGAAAGAUUUUUGGGAUUAUCUGAGAGAGAGAAGGUAUUUUUGUUAUUAAUAUUUUAGGUGGUUGUUAUUAUUUGUAUAAAACCAUUCACUUAUUUAAAAUAAAUAACGUUGUGUAUGAUUUUCAUAAGUUGUUUUUUCCUCCUAAAAUUGUUUAGUAAUUUUUGAUCAGUUUUGGUUUUCUGUUUGUGAACCAUUACUUUUUGAUUUACUUCCCCCUCACUUUAAUCAAAAUAAAGUACAUGUCAGGGCUGUUUCCUCUCGAUAUCUAGGUUACCCUGUUGAGACCACCAUUUUUCACCUUAUUUGUGGAGGAAAAUGGAAGAAGUUUUUCAGACACCACAAAUUUUGUCUGGCAAAAACUCCCUGGAGGUGGUCACAGCACUAAUAAGAUCAAAUCAAAAACAAUAAAUGUUGGUGCCUGAAAUGUACCAACGUUGAUGGAUAACCCCAAAGCAAAUAGACCAGAGCAGCAUGCUGCACUUGUUGCAAAAGAGCUCAAGAAAUACAAUAUUGACAUAGCAGCCCCAUCAGAAACAUGGCCACCAGAAAAAAGUUAAUUGACAGAGCUUAGAGGCGGAUACAUUUUUUUCUUGAGUGGCCGCUGCUGUAACGAAUGAUGAGAAUUUGGUGUUGGCUUUGCCAUAAAAACAAACAUUCCCCGCACACUCUCAAAGCUACCAGAAGGCAUCAACGGCUGUUUGAUGACAUUUAGGCUCCCUUUAUUCAAACAUAAAGGAGACACACUCAUAUGUGCUUAUGCUCCAAUGAUGACAAGUUCUGAGGAAACCAAAAACAAAUUAUAUGAAGAACUAGACAAUGUCGUCUCAAAAGUUCCAAAAUCAGAGAAGCUCAUUAUCCUUGGGCACUUCAAUGCUAGAGUUGGAACAGACCACCAGACAUGCAAAGGGACUAUCGGAAGACAUGGUGAUGGAAAGUGUAACAGCAGCGGUCUACUUCUCCUAACUUUGUACACUACAAAUGACCAUGCUAUCACCAACAUAUUCUACCGCCUUCCCACGCAAAAAAUGACUUUCUAGAUGCAAAACAUGAUUGACUAUGUCAUCACCAGAAAAAAAUCACAUACAAGAUGUUGGAGUAACCAAAGCUAUGUGUGUUGCUGAAUGCUGGACUGACCAUUGACUUAUAUUUUCCAAAUUAAAGUUACAAUCAUGCCCAUGAGAAGACUUCAAGGCUAGAAAUUUAAAAACAAAUCUUAAUGUGCAAAAGCUUAAGUACACAAACAUGGCUUACAAUUUUCCCAUUGAACUCGAACAUAGACUGGGCGAUUAUACCUCUGAGGAAAAUAAAAAUAUUGAUUCGAAAUGGUCUAAAUCAAGAGAUACUAUCCACUUGACUGCUCUAGAACACCUCAGACCAACAACCCGCAGAAAUAAAGAUUGGUGUGAUGAUAAUGAUGAGAUCCAUUCACUACUAAACGAUAAACAUCAGGGCGUCACAAGUAAAGAAAGAUGCUCUCACCAAAAUACAACAGAAAGUGCAAAAGAAACUUUGUGAAAUGCAGGAUUUAUGGCUCUGUCAGAAGUCUGAUGAAAUUCAGGGCUAUGCCGGUGGACAUGGUAACAAACUUUUCUACAAUGCCAUUAAAAAAGUCUGUGGACCACAGUCUUCAGGCUGCUUGCUCAUUGUUAGCAAAGAUGGAACUCAGCUACUGACAGACAAGAGUCAGAUUUUAGAAAGAUGGGCUGAACACUUUUGUCAAGUCCUUAACUGUCUGGAUGCUACAACCGAUAAUGCCCUUGCCCGUUUACCACAGUUGGAGAUAAACCAAGAGCUAUACAAUAGUCCCAAUGAAGAUCAAGUCGGGAUGGCAUUCCAGCAACUCUCCUCAAAUAAAGUCCUACGACAAGAUGCAAUCCCUGCUGAAAUCUACAAAGUAGGAGGCCCAUCCUUACAAAAAAACUGACAGAGCUAUUUGAGUCGAUAUGGAAAGAUGGCUCUGUCCCUCAGCAAUUCAAGGAUGCAAAUUUAAUAUGGAUAUAUAAGAGAAAGGGCAGUCGCCAAACCUGUGACAACUAUUGAGUUAUUUCUCUCCUUACCAUAGCUGGGACAAUCUUGGCCAGAGUCCUACUUAAUUGUAUACAUCUAUACCUUGAACAGGGACUACUUCCUGAAAGCCAGUGUGGAUUCACUUCAGAACAAGGUACAGUUGACAUGAUAUUUGCAGCAUGCCAACUCUAGGAAAAAUUUCAAGAGCAACACAGCGUCCAGUUCAUCACCUUUGUUGAUCUGACCAAAGCAUUUGACUCAAUCAGUAGAGAUGGCCUCUGGAAGAUAACGGAGACGUUUGGCUGUCCGAAUAGAUUUAGUACCGUACAAUAGUACGUCAAUUCCAUAAUUGUAUGAUGGCCAGGGUGAUGGAUUCUGGAGAGGAUUCUGUGGCUUUUCCUGGCAUAAAACAAGGCUGUGUUCUAUCACCAUCACUUUUUAGCAUGGUUAGUGUCAGCAAUGCUGACUGAUGCUUUUCUUUACAAUAAUGACACCAUUCCUAUAAGAUAGAGGAAAAAUGGUGGACUAUUUAAUCUUAGGAGACUGCAAGCUAUUAUGAAAAUUAAAGAAAUGGUUAUUCAAGACUUGUUUACGCCCUAAAUGAAAGUUCGGAAAUACAAAUGCAGCAAAUACUUAAUCAUUUUGCUAAGCCCUGUGACAACUACGGCCUGACCAUCCAUAUGAAAAAGACAGAGAUUUUGCACCAGCCAGCUCCAGGGAAAACUUAAAAAGAAUAUAAAAUAUCAGUGAAGGGACAGAAUCUCCAAGCAGUAGAAAAAUUCACAUAUUUAGGCAGCACCUUCUCCAGCUCACCAACAAUAGAUGAUGAGAUCAAUAACCAUAUUUUCAAAGCAAAUAUUGCAUUUGGAAGGCUCUGCAGCAGUGUGUGAGAAUGAAGGCUCAGUCUUUUCACUAAGCUGAAGGUAUAUAGGGCAAUCAUAUUAACAUCACUCCUAAAUCCUAAUGAGAUGUGGACAGUGUACAGCAGACAUGUUAAACAGCCAAACCGUAUCCACCUGCUGCCUUUGUAAACUUCUUGGCAUAAGAUGGCAGGACAGACUUCCUACAAUGGGCCGAUUGCAUCAGCAUCCGCACACUCAACACACAGGACAAGCCAGGUGGGAAGGGCAUAUCACAAGAAUGCCAGACAGUGGACUUCCCAAAUGACUUAUGUUCAGUGAGCUCUUCUAUGGGAAACGCUCAGUUGGUGGGCAGAAAAAGAAGUCUAAAAUCUUCUCUUAAAUCAAUGGACAUUGAACUUGAUUUGUGGGUGACACUUGCCAAAGACUGUGCAAGCUGGGAUGACAGAGUCACUGUCGGAGUGAAAUCCUCAAAGAAUAAGUGCACUGCUCAUGCACAAAGAAAGCGCAAUGCAAGAAAAAGCAAAAUCGACUCAAAUCCUACUAGGACCCAAAACAACAUGUGUCCCAAAUGUGGGAAAUGCAAAAAUAGGAUUGGCAGGCCACCUGUGUGCUCACAGUGUAAUAUAGCCUUGGUCAUCUUUGCAUGCAAAGGAUGAACAACAACAAUCAGUAUAUUUGUUUCUUUGGUUUUUAUCAGUUUAAACUUUUUUAUAUUUUUUGCCUCUGCUAGCAUCUAACAUAUUUUAUAUUUUAUUAGAGAGCUCUAGCAGCAGAAAGAAGAUUACUUCAACAAAGUGCUGAAACAGGGACAGUGAUGCCAGUUCUCAGGUAAAAUUGUAAAGACACUCUUCAUUGCUCUAAUAAUUAUUAUUCAUGGAAAUUUUUGUUUUUUAUUUUAAAUGGCAACUUAACCUUUGCUAUACAGCAAUGCAGAGACAUGUAAUAUUGUAUAUCUAAUUCUAAUAAAUAAAUGUUAAUUUCUUAAUAAGUUGUUAGAUAUUCUUUUCUUUUUAUGCAAGUAAAAUUAAUUUGUAUAAUUUCAACCUUUAUUAAGUCGAUGUUGGCAAUGUGGAUCAGACAUUACUGGAAAGGUACCCUUUGAGUAUUCAGACUACAAAUUCUGCACAACAAAAUGUUUAAGAGACCACAGAACUAAGUCAUCACGCUAAAACAUAUUGUGAUUGUUUGUUUUUCUAUUCUAUCAAUUUACAACGCACCAUCAUUGAUUAAUAAAAGGUUUAUAUUUGUUUGAUUGAAUUUCAUGUCUCUAAUGCCCCGGACAUUCUUUAUUUUAUUUUGAAAUUUAUUUCUUUUUCUGUAUUUUUCUAUGUGGGAUUGUGUUUUUUUCUUAAAUUGCUUUGAUUAUUAUGAAAAAAGACCAAACCUCUUUAAUUUAGCAAUAAUAUUAGCUGUCUUAAGGUGGUGUGAAUAUUUUUCAAUUAUUUUAGUUGGUGAUGGAAUUUAUUACCAACUAUGCAUUGUAAUACUUAUACGUAAGAAACCAGUAAUGUGUGAAAUGUAUCUAAGAUACUGUAUGGAAAUAUAAAAGGCAUACUAAGAAGUAUAGCAGUUGUAUACUAAAUUUUCUUUUUAAAUUAUUUAAAUAAUUAUAAUUAUUUUAAAAAUGCCUGUUGGUGUGGUACAAUUUUUAAUGACAAUGACAUAGUGAAGAUUUCUAGUAUAAAAAAAUAAGGUACUCUUUAUUUGUAAUUUGUCGUAAGUACAGUCUUAAAUAUAAGCAAUUUAAACAAAACUCAUCAUAUAAGUGUUAUGUUCUUUCAUUUUGUGUUGAAUUGAGCAUGCU